GUAACAACCUGCUAGGUGGCGCUUUUGUACGGUGAAGUAACGUUUCGAGAUUCUGGGUCGGCCAGCCAUUUUGAAUUGAACCAAAACAAACAGUGUCGUAAAGACAAUAGUGCGGGUUCAAAACUGCGACCAUGUAACGUCUUCACCGCCCGUUCAACAGUCGAUAUUUCAAGGUAAGAGCUUCUCCUCUACUACAUCUUCUAGGAGAUUGAAUCCAAGUAGAUCAGGAUGGGGAACCUCCUGGGAACGCCACUGUCCUCGGAAUCCGAACCAGAAUCCGACUUCACUGAAGAGGAGAACAGUGGGAACACCGACGAUAAAGAGAACAUCUUCAGACAGGGACAACAUCAUGAUGCUGCUUCACCGACCAAUCACGAUGCGUGUAACUACUCUGAGCUGACCAAUGGAGAGCUGGCUCUCUCCAAGAGAUCCUCUUUCCCAGAAGAUGAAGAAGAAACAGACUUUAUCCCAGAAUGCAGUAGGAGCGAAGUUGAGGAAACAAACAGAGGUGUAUUUGCGGAGAAUUUGAGUUCCCCGGUCUCAGAUGCAGAUGUGGAGAUCGAGUUUCGGGAUGAAGACAUGUUUUCAUGUGUGAAGUACGGGCGCGAGCCUGUGGUAGAGACAAGAGAACAGGACCAGGAGAGGGAUAGUGGGUGUGAUCCAGAGUGUGAGAGUCCCAACAACAACACAUCUAACAACAAUGCCGCGAUACCUGCACCCCCGAUAGAGGACAUGGUUGAGGCCGUGCUGCGAGACUUGAUUGGCGGAGCCGUCACCGAGGUACCGACCUCCCAGUCCUGCCCUGCUGACCUGAGCCAGGCAGGUCAGAGGUCACCGCAGCACCGCUCGGAAUCAUGGGAGGUGGACAUGAGCAGCUGGGUCAAGAACAAGGUCAACAGAAAGGUCAAACGAGGUUAUGUCCAGAACACCUCCGAGCCAGACAACAAACAGCAGGAAGAGAAGAAGGAUGUGAAGAAGGAAUAUUCCGCCGUCACCACAGACGUCACUCCUGAGCAGAUGGCUCUCAGGAAGGUGCUGGACCUCAGGAGAUGGUACUGCAUGAGCCGACCCCAGUACCAGAAGUCAUGUGGCAUCUCUUCACUCGUCUCCUGCUGGAACUUCCUAUUCAGCACACUGGGGGGUGGCAGCCACAGCCCCAUCACCCAGGAGGAGGCUCUGAAUGUUCUGGGCUUCAAACCUCCGUUCGGUGAGAUCAGGUUCGGACCCUUCACAGGUAACUCCACACUGAUGAGGUGGUUUACUCUCCUGAACAACCACUACGGGGUGCGCGGGAGGGCUUACUACCUCUACAAACCUCACGGGAAGGGGCGCACCAUGGGCACCACGGACGAAACGGCGCUGGCAAACGUGAAGAACGGUCUGCGCGACGACAACAUGACGUUUAUUUACCACUGCCAGAACCACUAUUUCUGUCCUAUUGGAUUUGAAGACGUGCCUCUCAAAGCAACUCAUGCCUACAGAGCUGACCUCCAGCAGGAUGAAGUUGAGACAUGGCUGCUGAUUGGUGACCCCAGUAGGAAACACCCAGGUCUACACUGUAUCAGAUGGAGUGACAUCUCCACAGACCUGAACUGUCAGAACCCCACGUACCUGGACAUCCGCCGGCUGCACCUCGGGCUGCAGACCAGGAAAACCCGCAAGACUGGCGGCAACCUGCACUGUAUCAUGGCCUUCGUCAAGAGUGACUGGCAGGGCCCCUCUAUUUGGAGAUCCGCCAGUGUUCAACAGCGGAAGGAACCAAACAGAGGCACCAGGAGGGGGUCCGCACCCUCCAGCACUGAGGAGAGCGACAGCACUGAAGAUCUGGAUGAAGAGACACAGGCCUAAACACUUCUCCCCCCCUUUCUUUGGUAAUGGUAUCUCCCUGGUAGGAGAUGCAGGUAACUUUUGAAAUUACCUGCACCAGAUCUAGAGAAAUGUUACCUGCACCAUCUAUCAGCAUAUUCGGUGCUGCACAGAUAUUUGCCGAUUUUAUAAAGAUUAAGAUCACACUGGGAGUUGAUCAUCUUUAUUAUUUGUUGCAUCAGAUAACUU